CACAAAGUAGGAGAGGGAGACUGACUUCACUUUUUUACCUCUUAAGUUUACGGCUAUGUUGCUGUCCGCUCACGUGGAGCAAAGAUGGACUACUCAACACGUGAAGACCCAUGGACUUGAUAAUGAGAUGUAGAAAGAAGCAGAACUUUGAAGAAUUCAUCAUUCUUUCAUUUCAGGCUCUUCCUGGAAGGAGAAUGGGGGCUGGAGCUAUAACCAUCUGUCACAACAAGGCAGCAGUCCAGAUUAAGGAGGACGUGAAGAAGAUGGUCAAGUUUCCCAUUCUCAAACCCUCUCCAGCAGGUCCCGGCACAGGGGGCAAGAAGAUCUUCGGGGUUUCCCUGCUGGAUCUAAAGGAUCUGGGGCUUGUCAAGGAUGGGGUUCCUGUGGUGGUCCGGAGCAUGGUGGAGUACCUUGAGAAGCAUGGUCUUCAUCAGGAGGGUCUGUUCAGAGUCAACGGUAGUGUCCGGACUGUAGAAAACCUGCGGCAGAGGUUUGAUGCUGGAGAGGAAGUUGACCUGUUUCAGGAAGCGGAUACCUUUGCGGUAGCCAGUUUACUGAAGCUGUUUUUGAGGGACCUACCUGAAGGUCUCAUCCAUCCCUCCAUUCACAAUCCUCUCAUUCAGCUUUUUCAAGAACGCAGUGAUGAUGAUUUCUGUAAGGACAUGUGCGAGCUCCUGCGCAAGUUACCGGAGAUUCACCACACACUUCUGCAAUACCUAUGCCACUUCCUGUCUCGGGUAGAACAUGAACAUGCCCAUAACCGUAUGACCGUUACGAACCUGGCCACAGUGUUCGGGCCCAACGUCUUUCACGUGUCGUCUGGUUUUGAUGGUAUACAGGAGCAAAAUAUUUGUAAUAACAUUAUGGCCAAGCUGAUCCAGAACUACAGCACCAUCUUCAAGUCUGCGGCCGAGAAAAGUCAAACCCAAGAAGAAUAUUCCAACAUCAUUGUUGUCAAAGAGGCCAUCACAAACACUGAAAACACAGAAAUGUCACCCUACUCUUCUGUUCCAGAGGCAAACGCUUCAAAUCUCAAGAGGAUGAAGGCUGCAAAAUGCACUCCAGUUGAAAAUACAAACUCUCCAAGAGAGACAGAGUUUAGUCUGGACACAUUUAUACCCACCCCAAGGAAAAAGAAGGUCCCUCAAAGCACUCCAGAUGAAAAUUACACAGACACUCCGAGGGAAAGUGAGUCAAGUCCAGACAACCCUGACACCACGCCGAGGAAAAAGAAGGUGAAGAAAGUAAAGACGGACAGCAUGCGAAAACCUUUUCCUCAACCAACACCAUCUGGAGUCCCUGUCUCCAGGGCUUGGCUCCAUCUUCCAGACAAACACUCGGGGUCUGGACCACAGUUUUCCCCUCAUGCUUCAAGCGAUCAAGAAGAUGACAGACCCAUAUCUCCUUUCUAUAUUGGCCCACAGAUCUCUUCUGGUGACUGCAGAACUGAAAUAACACAUUUCUUAGAGAAGACCAUUCGCUCAGCUGUCCAACAGCACCUUUUCAACGUGCACACGGGUAAGGGGUCGGACGUCACGGAGCCGACUGCCCAUUGUUCAUCUCCUGCGACAACGGCACGUGAAAGGCGGCGAAAUCUACGAGAACAGGAGGGGAACUUGAGGGUCGGGGGAGAUAAAGAGAACGUCCCAUCUCCGGGUCCGAGGGUCAUUGAGGCAGGCGAGAGGCACCUUAUGACUGAAGCAAAGAUGAGCAGGAAACCCAAACACAGUCUGACACUGACUGAGGUCUAUGACAACCAGGACGUCUUCACUCCAAUGGAAUGUAAAGAAGUUACAGCAUCAACUCAUAACAGGAAACACCAUCAAAAGGAAAAUUCCCAGACGCCUGCCAUGAAGAUCCAAGAGGUUCUCUGCGGAGCGGAGCCGUGCGACGACGUCCCUCGUCUUGAUUUGACUGCAUUGACCGAGAACAACAGCUGGACAGAUUCUCAUUUCUUUAGCGCCCCGUUCCUUGACUUUAAAAGCCUUUUCCAGCAGAAUUACAAUGAGGAGCCUGUUCCCGCCUACUCAUCAUGGCAGAGAGAAAGCGUGGACCGCGAGGAAGCUCAUCUCUCGCCAAACGCCAGCGGAAAACUGAUUCGACAGUUAUUGGAGGAAGACAGCGACCCAAUGGUCUCGCCUCGGUUCUAUGCCUACAGGGACAGCCAGCAGUAUCUGGAUGACACGGAGGUUCCACCGUCACCGCCUAACGCCCACUCUUUCAUUAGUAGGCGGAGGAGUUCUUCUUUAGGUUCUUGCGACGAUGAGCGUGAAGAGCUCACCUCAGCUCAGCUCUCAAAACGGAUCCACGUGCUCAAGAAGAAGAUCCGCAGGUUUGAGGAGAAGUUUGAGGAGGAACACAAGUACAGGCCUUCACACGGCGAUAAAGCCGGCAAUCCUGAGGUUCUGCGAUGGAUGAAUGAACUGGCCAGGUUGCGCAAAGACUUGAAAGAUUACAAGCUGCUGAAGUCAGAGGAAGAUUUGACGCCCCUCCCCCGCCAGCGCAGUAACACUCUUCCGAAGAGUUUCGGGUCACAGCUGGAGAAGAAGACCUCUGAGACCAAAGCGCCCAAACCCCCUGUGGAAAGCACAUUGGAGACUGUCAUGAACAAGCUGCAGGAGAAACGCAAGGAGGCGGGCCAACCCGACGAGAUUAAAGAAAUGACCCGCGAGCAGAUCUCAGCAGAGAAGGUGGCUCUUCAGAAAGCUCUUCUGCAUUAUGAGAGUAUCCACGGAAGACCAGUCACCAAGAAUGAGAGGCAGGCCAUGAAGCCUCUUUACGACCGGUACCGUCUCGUCAAACAGAUCCUGUUACGAGCAUCAGCCAUUCCAGUCAUCGGCUCGCCCUCCAGCAAGCGCAGAGGCCCCCUGCUGCAGCCCAUAAUCGAGGGUGUACCAGCCCUGUUCUUCAGCGACACUAAGGAGGAGGAAGAGGGCUCGGAUGAAGACAGCGACACUAGGACACAGUUCACGGUCACUGAUAAGCCGGAACUGAGCAUGCUGGGAUUGCUCGACCAGCUGGAUGAGGACACAGACGGCUUUAUCUCGCCUGUUGAUGAACUGUCACCAUCUAAGAACACUACGGACAUGAGAUUGUCCAAUUUACACGCCGCUACCAUGCCGGAACUGGUGGAGCAGCUCCAGGAAGCUCGUGAGGAGAAGAAAAGAAUCCGUAAUAACCUCCGGGAGUUCGAGGAGGAGUUCUUCAAGCAGAACGGCAGGAAUGUGCAAAAGGAAGAUCGCUCACCGUUGGCUGGGGAAUACAAUGAAUACAAGCACAUUAAAGCCAAGCUUAGGUUGUUGGAAGUGCUUAUAAGUAAAAGAGGCUCAUCCUAGUUCAUCUAACGCUCAUUGUGAUCGUCCAAACAAGGACCAGACAUUCGCUUUCAGAAGCAGCGCAGCAUGUACAAAGAUGCUUCAUAUUUUGGAUGUCAGUAAACGCAUGUUUCAGCAAAAUCAGCUCUGCGGUGCCGUUAUUGUUUCAUCGUGCAACGAAAAGGACUUCUGGUUUCCGCUUCUCUGGAUGAAGAUUUGUUCUCGUGUACUAUACGACUCUGGAAUUAAAAACAAUGAACUCGAUUCCCUUUGAAACCCUGCUGAAUGUCUGUAAUAUAUUUCGUGUUGUAUCAUGUGACAGUUUGUAAUGAUUUUUAGAUAGUUUUCUAUCUUAAUAUUGACAUAAUAUAGAAACAGGAGUUUUCCUAAUCAGACAAAAGCUUUGAAGAACAUUAAAGGCCCCGUGAACCGGAAGUUCCGAUCGUUUAACUUCCGUAUUCUGACACAUUUAUGAGUGAAAAGAAAUUGUAAAGGAGAAAAAUAGUGGGCGUGGCUUGUGUUUUUCACUGCAAAUUGAUUGGAUAUGUAAACACAAUGGUUGCAUUGAUUUUGAAAUGAAGUUGGCAGCAGACUGACAGUUGAAGGGGAGGAGUUAAGCCGUCUAUUUUACGUCAUGUCAGAUGGAUUGUCAUUUCAGGGUGGAAGUGCAUUUUCAGAUUUAAACUGAAGAUUUUAGGGGUACAUGAAUUUUAUGUAAAUGACCCACAUUGAUAAGCUAUUUACUAUAAACGCUGCAAUAUUUCAUGAAAAAAUAAGAAUUAUCAUUUUCUAUUUCACUGGGACUUUAACGUCUUACGUCUUAACUAAUGUGUAGAUAAUGAGGACUGUGGCAUUUUAAAACCCGUUUAAAGAAAAGAUGACGGAUGUUUGGAAGGUUUUCUGUAUAAUUUUAUAUAGACCCUGGUGACAUAUUUGUUUUAUUUUUAAUAUUUAUGUUUCUGAGAAAGUGCGUUGUUUGUACGUUCAUAAUUGAACAUCUUUCUUAACAUUGAAGCUUUAAACCAUGGACUAAGCUAGAAUUAACACGCAUAUAGAUGAUUAAAAAAAAACUAACAACCAAAACAAUAAAAACAUUGUUGUAAUGUUCUGAAAACAAUCGGUGGAACUUUGAGAUACAAAUGAUUUGUUAAUUUGUUAGUUUUUUUCCCGAUCUAACAAAAAAUGAUCUCCUGGUCCUGACAUUUUCGCUGUUUAACAGUGAUGUGGGUUAAGCCCCCUUUACAAAGAGGCAAAAGCCAAGAGGCGUACGUGCAGUUUUGUUCUUGGCAGAUGCAGAUCCCGACCGAGCGAGCUCGUAACCCUUUUCUUAUUCUCCAGAUUGGAAGCUUGUAGUGUGACCUUUAUUUUCAUGGAACGUAUAACGCUGAUGGAUAAAACUUAAUACCCCGUGUACAUUUUAGUACAUGGUUGUAUUUGUAUUUUGUAUAUAUAAAACUAUUUUUUCUGAA